CAAAGUCUGUCGGUCUGUCAGAUGAAGUGACAGCAUGAGUGUGGACGUAAAUUUAUAACAAGGUUCACAGUUGUAGGUUAAAUACGGCUUCAGGAGGUAGAAAUUAUCAAGUGGAGCAGUGGAGCGGACUCAUGUAUAGCCUGGAACGUCUAUCUCGUCUUCAUUUGACCCGGAGACGUCUGCAGAAAAGGAGGACUGUGGUCCCUUCGUCCACUGAAGAUGAGACGCUAAGAGAAGUCCUGAGGUCGUAUAAAAACAACAAAAUCCGAACCUCAAAGUACUCUCUCCUCUCCUUCCUGCCCAAGAAUCUGUUUGAGCAGCUUCACCGAUUCGCUAACAUCUACUUCAUCUUCCUGGCUGCGCUAAACUUUGUCCCCGUGGUGGAGGCCUUCCAGCCGGAGAUCGCUCUGAUUCCCAUCAUACUGGUGUUGUCGGUGACGGCCAUCAAGGACAUCUGGGAAGACUUUCGCAGGUUUAAGUUGGAUAGUUUGAUCAACAGGCUUCACUCCCAUGUUUACAGCAGUAAGCAAAAGGCGUACAUUCAGCGAUGCUGGAAGGAUGUUCAUGUGGGCGACUUUGUCCGUCUGUCCUCCAAUGAAAUCAUCCCGGCUGACAUGCUGCUGCUGUACUCCUCCGAUCCACGAGGGGUUUGUUACAUCGAGACCUCCAACCUGGACGGAGAGACCAACCUGAAACAGAGACAGGUGGUGUCAGACCUCCCUCUCCAGGGAGCAGACUUGACUCUUGACAACUUCAAAAGUCGAAUCGAGUGUGAGAAUCCAAACAAUGACCUCAACAAGUUCAGAGGUUACAUGGAGCACCCCAGUGGGGUUCGUGUGGGCCUCCACAACAGCAACCUGCUGCUGAGGAGCUGCACCAUCCGCAACACAGAGACGGUGGUGGGCAUCGUGGUCUACGCUGGUCAUGAGACGAAAGCCAUGAUGAACAACAGCGGGCCGCGCUACAAACGCAGCCAGCUGGAGAAGCGUCUGAACACAGACAUCCUGUGGUGCGUGCUGCUGCUCGUGGUCAUGUGUCUGACUGCUGCUGUGGGUCAUGGUCUGUGGCUGCAGAACCUCAAAGAUCCGAUCUUUCAGGUCGAUGGACAGACGUCUCCGGCUCUGGCCGGGUUCUACGUCUUCUGGACCAUGAUCAUUGUGCUUCAGGUGCUGAUCCCCAUCUCUCUGUACGUGUCCAUUGAGAUCGUUAAACUGGGUCAGAUCUACUUCAUCCACAACGACCUGGCUCUGUACAACGAGCAGCUGGACUCCAGGAUCCAGUGCCGGGCCCUGAACAUCACGGAGGACCUGGGUCGGAUCCAGUACUUGUUCUCUGAUAAGACGGGAACUCUGACGGAGAACAAGAUGGUGUUCCGCCGCUGCAGCAUCUACGGGGUCGAAUACCCUCAUGAGGAGAACGCUCGGAGGCUGGAGGUGUACGAGACGGAGAAGAACGAGGCGGCCGGUCACUCGGUGACCCUGAAGUCUGGCUGCAGCAGGAAAUCUCUGAGCUGUCGCUCUCUGAGCUGUAACCGCAGCUCCGUGUCUCUGCACACGCUCACCAACGAGGUGGACGAGGAGGAAGACCAACUGACCAACGACCUCCAGUGCAGAACCAGUGCCUUCUGCAGCCGCGUGGCGAGGGAGGUGGUACCGGACCCUGAGCUGGUGAAGAAGCUGAACUGGCUCUGCUCUCCUGUGCUGUCUCUCAGGGACGGCUCCUCAGGGACUCCAUCCAGCCUGGAGCUCACCUACAUCACAGACUUCUUCCUAGCUCUGGCCAUGUGUAACAGCGUGGUGGUGUCCUCACCCAGCCAGCCUCGACAUGUGGUUCCUGAAGCACGAACGCCUCUGAAGUCUCUGGAGGAAAUCAAGCUGAUGUUCCAGCGCUUCAGCUUCUCUCCUUUCUCCACCUUCUCCCCUCCACAGAUCAGAGGCAGCCCCCACAGCUUCACCAGCAGGCUUUUCACCCGCGGGAAGAACGGCUCCUUCACCCUCCCUGCGACCCCCGAGAGCGCCGUCGAGAGCCCAGAAAAGCAGCAGGAGACCUCCAACCUGUGGACCGACCUGGAUCUAUCCUCCGGGGUCGACAGAGAAGACGCCGCACAGGUGGAGGAGAGGGAGGAUGACAUCACUAGCCCUGAUGGGAGGGACCCGAGCCGAGACAUGGACUCUGAUGACGAGCUGCUGUACGAGGCGGAGAGUCCAGACGAGGCGGCUCUGGUCCACGCGGCGCAGGCGUACCACUGCACCCUAAGGGGCCGCUCUGCAGAGAACCUGCUCGUGGAUCUGCCGGGAAUCGGCUCUCUGGCGGUCCAGCUGCUCCACAUCCUGCCGUUUGACGCCAACAGGAAGAGGAUGUCUGUGGUGAUCCGCCACCCGCUCACAGGACAGGUGGUGGUCUACACAAAGGGGGCGGACUCGGUCAUCAUGGACCUGACGGAGAUGCCCAAAGGUGCAGAGCGGGCUCAGGAAAUCUACGGUCACAUCAGAGAACAAACCCAGAAACACUUAGACAGCUACGCCCGAGACGGCCUGCGCACGCUCUGCAUCGCUAAGAAGGUUCUGGAGGAGGAGGAGUACGAGGUGUGGCUGAAGAGACAGCUGCUGGCAGAGAGCAGCAGAAACAGAGAGGAGCUGCUGCUGGAGUCGGCUCAGAGGCUGGAGACCGACCUCACGCUGCUGGGUACCACGGGGAUUCUGGACCGACUGCAGGAGGAGGUCCCGGAGACCAUCGAGGCUCUUCAGAGGGCCGGGAUCAAAGUCUGGGUCCUCACAGGGGACAAGAAGGAGACGGCCAUCAACAUCGCCUACGCCUGCAAACUCCUCCGCCCCAACGACCAGCUGCUGACCGCCAGCUGUGGAAGCAAGGAUGCGUGUGCGGCUCUACUACAGGAGCUCAGACUGGAAGUGCAGUGCGGUGAAGUCGGCGCGACUGAAGCGGCAGAAGCAGGGAAUCAUGAGAGUUCCUCGUCGGACAGCGGGACAGGUUUCGUCCUGGUUACAGACGGCCAUACGCUGGACUGGGCCCUGCAGGAGGAGCUGAAGAGCGACUUCGUGGAGCUGAGCUGCAGGUGUAAGGCGGUGAUCUGCUGCAGGUCCACGCCGCUGCAGAAGAGCCAGGUGGUACAGCUGGUCCGCGACCAGCUGGGCGUCAUGACCCUGGCUGUGGGAGAUGGAGCGAAUGAUGUGAGCAUGAUCCAGGUGGCUGACGUGGGCAUCGGGAUAUCUGGUCAGGAGGGGAUGCAGGCUGUGAUGUCCAGCGACUUUGCCAUCUCCAGAUUCAAGCACCUCAGUAAGCUGCUGCUGGUCCACGGCCGCUGGUGUUACUCUCGUCUGGCAAACAUGAUCCUCUACUUCAUCUACAAGAAUGUGAUGUAUGUGAACCUGCUGUUCUGGUAUCAGUUCUUCUGCGGCUUCUCGGGGAGCGUCAUGACAAACUCGUGGGUGCUCAUCUUCUUCAACCUACUCUUCACCUCCGUUCCUCCCAUCAUCUACGGCAUCCUGGACAGAGACACACCUGCCGACUCUCUGAUGGAGCUGCCCGAGCUCUACCAGGACACACAGUCCUCUAAGGUUUAUGUUCCCUCCAUGUUCUGGAUCACAGUCCUGGAUGCUUUUUAUCAAAGCCUCGUCUGCUUCUUUGUGCCUUAUUUUGCCUUUGCAGGAUCAGACGUGGGGGAUCUGACCUUAGGGUCUCCGAUCAACGCCUCGGCGCUCCUCAUCGUCCUGCUGCACCAAGUUAUCGAGAGUCACACUCUGACGUGGAUCCACAUGCUGGUGCUGGUGUUCAGUGCUGGGUUCUACUUUGGCUUCGUGAUAUUCUUCAGUUUGAUCUGUGUGACUUGCAGUCCCCCCACCAACCCUCUGGGGGUGGAGACACUCCAGAUGUCCCAGCCUCAUUUCUACAUCGUGUGUGCUCUCACUACUGUGACGGCUCUGUUACCCAGGCUGUUGUUUCGAGUUCUACACAACACCUUCCACUCCUCUGCCGCUCUGAAAUCAACUCAGACGGACAAAGUGAAUUCAGAGAAGUACCACAGGAGGAUGCAGCGGUGGAACAGGAAACACCCCUCGGCCAAAAGAGUGCCAGUAUGUGUGGAUAACCCCGACCUGGAGCCAAACGCAGCCUCGGUUGUUUCCUGACCUCCACCAGCACACAAACACAUACAGACUCACAAACAGAGCUGCGUCCCUGCUGGUCUCGUCACUGUGGGAUGUGAUAUUUAUUUCCUCUGCUGAAGCACUGAUCGUUUUACAACAAGAACGCUGUGUGAGUCCGAUCUGCUUUAAUGAAGAACACGUUUCAAACCUCACUCAGCCUGCAUGCGAACAGUAGCUGUCAAACACAUUAUUCAGAGUCACACUGUUGUGACAGAGGAUAUAAAAUCAUCCGCUUAUUCAGCUUGUUGCAUGAAUGAAAGAGAGCGGCAUCUACCGGCCUUCAGUUUGUUCUUUCUUGAACACUGUGAACCAAUGAGACUCGAUGUAGAAUGAAAUCUGUUGAUUCACAAUUAAAGCUUUGUCCACACUGUAGGUUAAAGUGACCUAAAAAGCACUAAAAAGGUAACCGCAAAAAUCAGAACCUUGGUUCUUCUGCUCCCUGGGUUAGGGGUUAGGGUUAUCAUAGUUCCCUUUUCUUUUUGCCAAAUAGACUCCUGCGUGUACACUAGUUCAUGUUCAUUAGUUUAUUAUCAGAAUUCCACAGGUGUAAUAUAAUGAUGUUCUUAAAUGGCAGGGACAGAUAACUCAAUCUCACCUCUGACUUUAAAUUGAGUGUUAAAGCUUUUACAACAUUAACAUAUCACAUUUACAAAGAUAAUCUAUA